CCGGAGUUUAUUGCGCGCUCAGUGAAGAACAAAAUAAAUCGAGACCAAAUGAAGUACUCUACAACACAAGGAACGAAAUCAUUAGCGGCCACUCGUCACGAAAAAUUGAAUCCGAACCUCAUUGAGGAAUGGAAGGAGUAUCACUGGACAAAAAAGAAUAAGAGUUUUGUCAACGAGGAUGCUGAACGAGAUUAUGUUAAGUUAAAGUCAACUCUUGAAGCUGAGACUCAACAGACAGUUGAAUCUGGUACCGAUGAUUCUUCCUCGGUCGAUCAAAUGAAGAUACUAAGUCAAGUUCUUGGUGAAAGGCGAGGCCACCAGCGAGGAGUUGGCCGCACAUUAAAGGGAAAAUAGUUAACCCGUCCAUCUCAAAGAUCUC